UGAAAAACUUUGAUUAUAUUUUGUGUUUAGGUGUCAUCAAUCAUUAGUUAUUAUAAAAGAAAAGAAUUAUUCAUUGCCAUGGGUGUUUUUAAAUUAAAAAGUGUGAAUUAAAGCCGCCUAAUGAUGGAAGGAGAUCACGAUAGAGCUUCCUUCUGGAAGAAGAAUAUUAAGAAUGUCCCUGGGAGACCAAGCCCUAAAAGGGAAACCAAAAAUGCUGGUAAAGCAAAACCACAAGGAUCAACAUCAUUUCAAGAUUUUCAAGCUUCUGUCAGUGAUGCAUGGGCUAUGGAUGAUGAUGAAUUUUGUUCAGGAUUAAAGAACACUAAAAUUUCAAAAAAAGUUUCACAAUCAGCAGCUUUAAAUGUCUUAAAUACUCACCGAACUUCGACUGAAAUCAAAAGGUCUUCUAGUGAAAACCUUAGUGAUACUUCUUCCCCCCAAAUAAUCCAUGAUACAGAAAUAGUGAGAAUAAGUCGAAUACCUGGGAGACCUUUGCAGAUGCACAGUGCUACCAUUCAUCAAGAGGAAGACAAUGAAUCUAAAUUGGAAAGGUUUGAAGCUCUGUUAGCUAACCCUCCAUCAUUACAGGAACUCUGUAAGUUAAGUUGGUCAGGUAUACCAGUAAAAGUAAGAGGCAUAACAUGGAGGUUACUUUCUGGAUAUUUACCUAUUAACCUUGAAAGGCGAGAGGGGGUUUUGGAAAGAAAGAGGCAAGAUUAUUGGAAUUUUGUGGAGAAAUAUUACUAUACAGAGCAUGAUGAAGCUAAUAAGGAAAUUCAACACCAAAUAAACAUUGAUGUGCCAAGGAUGAACCCUACAAUAUCUUUAUUUCAGCAAAGAACUGUGCAAAUUAUGUUUGAAAGAAUACUAUUCAUUUGGUCAAUUAGACACCCCGCAUCGGGGUAUGUACAGGGUAUCAAUGACCUAGUCACACCUUUUUUUGUAGUGUUUCUACAAGAGUUUAUUACAGAUAAUACACCAUUUGAAAAUUAUGUGGUAGAAUCUUUACCUGAAGAGCAACAGAAAAUUAUUGAAGCAGAUUCAUUUUGGUGCCUGUCAAAAUUCCUUGAUGGAAUCCAAGAUAAUUAUGUGUUUGCCCAAAUUGGGAUACAAAAGAAAGUCUUGCAACUAGGAGAGCUGAUCCAAAGAGUAGAUGAGACUCUCCACAAACAUUUAAAACAUCACAAUGUGAGUUAUCUCCAAUUUUCUUUUAGAUGGCUAAACAAUUUGCUUACCAGAGAACUGCCACUGAGAUGUACAAUUCGUUUAUGGGACACUUAUCUGGCUGAGAAUGAGUGUUUUGCAACAUUUCAGUUGUAUGUCUGCGCUGCCUUUCUUUUAUAUUGGAAAGAAGACUUAAUGAAGCAAAAUGACUUCCAAGGAUUGCUACUUUUACUACAAAAUCUUCCUACUCAGUUCUGGACGAGUUCUCAAAUUAGUUUGUUAGUAGCAGAAGCCUAUAAAUUAAAAGUCAUGUUUGCAGAUGCCCCCAACCAUUUGACAUGCAACACUACAAACACUAGUGAUAGUUUAGUGAUGUGAGCAGUGGUGGUUUAAAGCCUCCUCAUUCUUUUUACCAUUUUAAAUUUUAAGGCAUGUUAUUUGUUGGAUGUAAAUAAUUGACUUCACAUAUUUUUAUAUUGUAUAUUUGGUGAACAAAGUUAAAUAAUGUCUCAAAUAAAAAUCUUAAUAUUAAA